UCAUUCACAAGUUACCCGCGGGGCUGAUCAGAGGUCGAAAUUUUACGCAUAGAUUAUUCGUAGGAGAGCAUUUGUGCGGAACUGUUGUGGUGGCAAUCUGUUAUCGAAUCUUCAGCAUUCUGUGCAUUCCGAGACUCUGUGUCUGAGAAGAUAGUCUAACAUCAGACUUUCGAUUUACGAAAUCACUAUUGAAAUAGUGUAAUAAGUGUAACAAUAAGUCUUUGUUGAAAAAACAAUCGCAGUGAAAAGAAACGUUUUGCAAAAUGGUUCGUGCAAUCCAAUUGUGCAGUAUGGCACUGUUUGCUCUGGUGCUGCUGAGCAACAGCCAGAUUUCCGAACAGGCAGCGACGUUCGUACAGCCAGCAAUUCGGCUCCCGCGCUCGGUUGAUCCCGAACUGGACGAAAAAUGUACGGACAAUACCGCUUGUGGAUGGGCAGUUUACAAACCAUUCACCCGAUCGAUUGAAAACUACAUGCGCAACACAUGUUCCUGUCCAGAGUCAACCAAGUGCAUCCGCACCGAUGAUGACCUUUCCAUCAGUGCCUUCGUGUACCGGUGCCGAAAGGUGGACGACACCACACGCUAAUUCGGAACGACUGACGAUUCCUUUCUGAAUUUUUUUUCCGUCUGAAUUCUAGUUUUAUUUUGACACAUUUAACAUCUGGUUCUUAGAAACCAGAUCUUUAUUUAAAUCUUCCUCUCCUAUUAUUUAAUUUAUGUCUUGUCGACGUUUUGAUUUCUCUAUUUCCAUCAUCCUGCAAUUAUUUAAUACCAAUUGACUUUAAUCUCAUACACAUUAGUUGUAUCAACCUAUAGAAGUAUGGUUCCAAGAGAGACAUUUUUGAUUAACAUGCCGCGACAAAGGACGGCCAUAAUGUUUUUGAUGGUUAGUAAAAUCAUCAACAUGAAUAAAGAUCAAUAGAUCAGUAAACAACUAUAAAUAAGAUGCGUCAAACAGUUCCUUUAUGUGGAUUAGCAAUCAAUGUUAAUUAGCAUUUUUACAACAUACUCACAAACGGUCUAAAUGAGACAAUAAAAUUUCUUUUAAAAAGAGUUAUUAUGGCCACGUAGUCAAAACAUCAGCGCAGUGAAUAUUUCUAAUGCCUCCAAAGGCCCACAGACAGGAAUGAAACGUUCACAUUACAAGUCACCGUGGCGUAUCCCAACGAUUAAUCUCUUUAUUCUUACGUAAUAAUUAGACCCAAUUCGAACUGAUAUCAUCUGGCGACUGUUUUGAAUGAUACUUAAAUACUAUGCAAGAACUAUGCUACAACACAGUCUGAGACUAUUUUCAUCAGAUUAGUACAAACAUAUGGCUAGUUUCCACAAAUAAACCACAAGGUUUCCAUACUGAUUAAUUGGAAGCAACGACGUUUCAGAACAUAAACGCCCAAGGACCAGCGAGUGCUGGAGUGGGCGGAAAGGACUAAAGCCGAUAUAAUAAUGUUAGAAACGUACUUAAAAUUGGAUCCAUGAGCUUUUAUCGUUGCCUUUCACACCACACCUUAAAGUGCGCCAAUUAACAUUGAUGCUAAUGAAAUCUUCCGGGUAAUGUUAUUUCUGGUAUAGAGCAGUAUUCACCCCCAAAAUAUUUUCGGAAUACCUACCGUUGCGAAAUUGCACACCACACACACACACAGCCACACUCUCCCACCCUGAUAGCCGUAUGAUUUAUCACGUCUACCAAACCGAGCAGAAACACUCACGAAACAAAAAUCAGUAUUUGAUACGAAGGCAAGGAAUAAAACGCACAACAUGCUACUAAAGUAAAGAGAAAUGGUUUUGAUGAAAACGUAAGGCUUAGAGUAAGUUUGAUAUCUGUAUGCAUUACAAUAUCGACAUUUUUUUAUUAAGGUGAAUAAAUUUUAGAAGAAAAUA